CCGAAAGCGUGUAGAAAGUGAUUGUUUUGAAAGCGACUGGCGUCAAACAUUGGAUCGCAUACGCUUUCAGGAAUGAGUGUUGCUUAUAAGAUUUAUAAAUUGUUUGGCGAACAUCCCGAAAUUAGGUGAGCACGGAAUCUGAUUGCGACGCUGACCGUCUUCUCUCGUAUAGCUUCAACGUGUGUAUAUGUUCUUAUAAAAGUGCUAGAUUUCCGAUCUUAUUCCACUAAAUGGAUUUUUGGUGAAUAUGGGAGUGUGGUGGAACCGCGGCGGUGCUUGUGUGUUGGUUACGUAAGUGCUGCACGCUGCCCCAGCCCCAUGAAAUCGGACAUAGACUGAGCUGUGAUUUAUCGUUUUGGAGAAAUAGUGCCAUUUUUGUGAACAAAUACACACGCUGAAAACUGCGACAUGCAUCACAUGUAUCCUCUUGCCAAAGGCGACCCCCUAUGCCCUUUAGGUUUCCAUCCACAAGUUAGAUGGCCGACUAGGUGUAAAAGAUGUUUUAGAGACUACAAAGAGCACGGGGGGAAACGGAGGGAUGAAGAUUCGUUGCGGAGAGAUGACACGACAGCGUCGACACCCAGUCUAUCUUGGAGUUCAAGGGAUUCUGAUAGUGAGAAAAGACGUAGCUGGGUUUCUAGCAGCAACCUAGCGUUUGACCGUGACGACAACUCGGUAAAAAGUGAAAGUAAUUACAGUAAUCCGUCAUCUUGGACGUCUACUCCAGAUUUAGGGAAACUAGAAGAUGAUACACAAGCUAUUACAACUGUUAGUUUUACAUUGCCAAAAAGGAAACAGAAACCUAUUGAUACAGGACAACGAACAGGUAGCUUAAGCGCUGAGAAAAAAGGCAAUACUCAAUCGAUUACAGUUUCUGAUAGCUUCACCAUCAAACCCGAAAAAUCGACAGUAUUCAGUAGAAACGACAGCUUAGCAACAAGAGCAAAGAAACUACAGGCCAUAAAAGAAUCAACAGAAGAAAAAAACAAACGAAUACAAAUAAAAGAAGUCAAAACUAUUUCAGAGGAACCAAAUAAUCACGAUGUGAAACGAAAACCUUCCCCCAUUCAACCGGUAGAAGAUCAUCAGACGUCCGAACCUGAAGAUGACGCCGUCAGUAUAGCAGGAACCGAAACUACCGACACCACGUUAGUAGACGCACACGACUAUGAAUUCAGAGAUCAGCUAGAAAGUCUCAGAAAGGAGCUGGAAGUCACAAAAUCAAAAUGUGACAGAUUAGAACGCGAAAAAAGUGAUAUUCUUCUACGACGAUUAGCAGCCAUGGAAACCACCACAAGUAAAACGACAGCAUCUGAAGUUCUCAAACUACAACAGAAGUGUAACGAGUUGCAACAAUCCGUGGAGGACUACCGCGAUGAGAAAAAAAGUUUGUCGCUACGGGUUAAAGAACUGGAGGAAGAAAUCGAACAAAGACCGACUGCUCAAUCUGCUCAAAAAAUCGCCGACGAGUUACGAUCGAAACUGCUAGCAGCGGAAACUUUGUGCGAAGAGUUAAUGGACGAAAACGAAGACAUCAAGAAGGAGUUACGGGAUAUGGAAGAGCAGAUGGAUGAAAUGCAAGACAAUUUCAGGGAAGAUCAAGCAGUAGAGUACACGUCGUUGAAGAAAGAGUUGGAUCAAACGACGAAGAAUUGUAGAAUAUUGUCAUUUAAGUUGCGGAAGGCGGAGAGGAAGACGGAACAGCUGGAACGUGAAAAGGAAGACUCAGAGAAAAAACUAAAAGAGAUUUCAGGAGGUCAAGCUACUCUCGCUAAUUUAGAAAAGAUGAAACAGUUAGAACAGGAUUUGAAACUAGCCAACGAAGUUUCGAUAAGACUGCAGAAGGAAUUGGAUGACGCGAAUCAAAAGCUUCAAGCCGAAGAAACAAAAACCACUAAAAAGAAAGCCCCGAAGCUUGGAUCGAUCGGUAAAUUUCCUUCAGCUGAUGGAAAAGUGUCUCGCGAAUCCCUCACUAGAGGAGGUAGUCAGGACGAUCCGGCUCAACUCUUAAGAGAUCUCCAAGAUUCAAUGGAGCGUGAAGCUGAUUUAAGGGAACAACUGAAAUUUGCCGAAGAAGAGAUCAGUAAAAGAUCAUCCCGAUCUGGACAUUUAAAAUCCCCCGAAUUGCCUAUUUUUCAACGCAAAACCCCUUUAGUUUUGUUUGAGUGUGUAAAAACAGAAAAGGAAAAUGAAUCGAGUAAAUUGAUUCCAACUGAAUCAAAACUUUUUUCAGUAUCUACUCAAACUUUACUUUGUAUAGACUCGUCUGAAGCCGGAACGCAAACUCCUUUAGAUCUUUGUGUUGAAUCAAGUCAAAACGAUUUAGACAAUCAACUGUGGCCGCAAAAGUUGAUUUCGUCUAUUCAAUACAGCCAUCUAACAAUGUCUAAAAUUUACCAACCAGCGAGAUCAUUUUCUCCAAUGGCUACGUUCCUGAUGGGUCGUAAAUUAAGCCCCACAAAUAACGUAAGACUGACCCCAGAACCGCCUUCUGAAAAAGGUGACGUAUCAGACGACGAAGACCCCGCUGAGAUUAAGUUACAAUUAGAGUUAAGCGAACAAGAAGCUUCAGUUCUUCGACGCAAAGUUGAAGAUUUAGAAGCCGACAUCCAUAGAGUUAAAACUAAAAACAAAGAUCUACAAGACAAACUCACUGCUAAAACAACGACAAAACGAACACCUCUAGGCGGCGAAAAGGGUAACACUCUCCAAAGUCAAAAGAUCAAAGUUUUAGAAGACGAAACUAAUGACCUUAGGAAAAAACUAAUAGAAAAGGAAAGGGACUGUGAGAGGCUGCACGCAGAACUUAGUCUAAAUCAAAAACGCACGAAGAGUGUUCAAAAGAGCAAGUCUUUGGAUUUGGACCAACAAACUUUGGAUUUGAAGAGACAACUGCAGGUCAUCGAACAGGAAGCAAAUAUCUUAAGGAACAAAAUCCAGACUCUUGAGACCGAGAACGAGAAACUGAUAAGCGAAAAUAAGAAACUCCAGCUCCUUCGUGGUACCAAGAAUCUUAAGUCUGACAAAUCUAUGGACAAAUACAUCGACCAGAUUGCUUCGUUGGAAGUGGAAAUCGGAGAAAAAAAUACCAAGAUAAAAGAACUUGAGGAAAAAUUGGAAAAAGCGGCCAAAAAUGAGGGGCUACCGAGUUUGAAAGAUGGCAAAUAUAAACGGUUUGUCGACAGAACACCUAAAAAAAUAUCGCAAUUAACCUCGAAAGACCAACUAAAAACGAUGGUGAACGAUUUAGAAAGUGAAAUAGGAGAAAUGAUCGUAGCUAUAAAAACUAGCGAGAACGAGAAAAUUAAACUGGAGGAAGAAAUGAAGAACUUACGCCGCCAGAGUGAAAUUAACAACGCUGUGAAAGAACUGGAUGAGAUGAAUAAGAAAUUCCAAGAAAUGAAGACUGAACUGACGGGAGAAAGAGAGAAGCUUAAUCAGGAAAAGGUGAAAUACGACGAACUAAGUAAAUCCUACACGAAAACUAAAGAAACUUUAACAAAAUCAACCCAAGAGAAGAAGAAACUCAAAGACCAAAUUGAAAAAUCGAAAGAAGAGCAAAAGAAGAUUAAAGAAGAAAAAGAUCAGUUAGAUGAAGAAAUCACCAAGUUGAAAACUCAACUAAAAACUGCAACCUAUAAACAGGACGAAUUAUCCUUGCAGAGUCAAAAAACAGAAGCAUUAAAACUGGAUCUAGAGAAUAAAGAAAAAGAAUUUAAAGCUUUGAAGAAAGAACUGGAUAGUAAAACCAAGUUCAUAGAUGAGUUAAGUGAGAAAUCAAACAGAGUUGCUGCUUUAGAAAAGAAGAUUAACGACACCGAAGAAAAGUUGAAGAAAGCAGAAAAACAAGGAAAGGAUAAAAUUAAAGAACUUGAAGCUAAAAUUGAAGAAGAAAAAAGUCGAAGCAAAUCCAAAGAAGGAGAACAAUCAACAUUAACAACUAAGUGGAAUGAAGAAAAGAAAAAAUAUAAUACACAAAUUGAUGAACUUAACAACAAAAUCCAAAGCAUGGAGACUACAAUCGAAAGCAAGAAGAAACUUAUAGAGCGCUUGGAAGAAAAUUUGAAGCAAGAGAGAGAGUCUGUUUCUAAGGCUAAUCUAAAAGUGGGAGAACUAGAAAGUAAAGAAAUCAGUAAACUGAAGGACGAACUUAACAAAAGCAAAGCUAGUUUGGCGGACAUUGAAUCUAAACUAGAAUCGUCACAGCAAAAUCAGAAAAACCUGGAAGACAAAUUAAAGAAAGCACAAACAGACAGUAAAACCGACAAACUAAAUCUUGAGAAGAAAGCAGGGGAACUGGAAAUUGAGCUACAGACCGAGAAGAAAAAAAUUGAUGUAAUGAAAUCCAACCACGAAAAAGAAAAGAAAAAUAAAGAGCUAGAACUUUCUUCUUUGAAGACUAAGAUCAAGACGUUGGAACUGAACGCUGGAGUUGGAACUAAGCGAUUAGCUGAAAUAAAGCAAUUCCAAGAAACUAUUGACAAGCUAGAACGUAACCUCAAAACGGAGAAACAAAAAUAUGAAGAUUUAACCGGAAAAUACGAAAUACUGGAAGAAGAACACGUAGUUACGAAAGCUAAACUCGUCAUGGAAAAAGAAACAAUCGAAAACCAACUUUCGAACACAAAAACGGAAUUGCAAAAUUUAGAAGGUGAGUUGAAAACCCUGAGAGAAACUUACAACAAACAACACGACGAAUGGAUCAAAGAAAAACUCAACAUCCAAGACAAACUUAAAGACAUCGAAAAGAAGAGUGGAAACGGCAACGAACUAGAAAAAACUAGAUUAAAAGCAAAUCUGGAAGAAAAGCAGUCAGAAUUAGACCAAAUUAGAAAAGAAAACAGCGUGAUCAACGACCAAAUGGAAUACAUGAGGAAAGAAUCAGACGACUUGAAGAAAAAACUCGACGAUUAUGAAAAAGUCAACAAGGUACAAAGGAACAUCAGUGCGGACACUUCCGCUAUGGAGAAGGAAAUUCGACAGCUGAAAGCCAAGCUAAGUUCUAUAGAAAAAUCGAAGAAAUUAGAGCUGGGAGAAUACAAAAUGAGAUACGACAAUCAAAUAACAAUCGUAAAUGGAGAAUUGCAGAUGCUACAAGGUCAAGUGAUGAGAUUCAAACGGGAAAGGGAUACCUACAAGCAUAUGCUAGAAUCUGCACAGAAGACAAUCGGCGAUUUGAAAAAUUCUCCACGAAGCACCAAAGAUGGUGCGAAUCCUCUCCACUACGACGAGCUUGAAGAAUCCAAAACCAAAAUUGCUACUCUCGAACAACAAAUCAGCUGCAUGGAAGACGAACUUUCAGAAGCUCGUCUGGAAUCUUCUCGUCUGAAGACCGAAUUAGUUUCGGAAAGAUCAUCAUGGGAGGUAAAACUAUCCGAGUUACACUCUCGCGUGAAUGAACUAGAAGAAGAAAAGAUUCUUAGUAGCGGUCGCACGAAAAUCGUCGGUUUGCGAACCCGAAUGGAACUAGCUUGGCAAAAAGAAAGAGAAGAACAACAACGACUGCUUCAAGAAACCGCGACGUUAGCUAGAGAUCUUAGACAAACGUUGUUUGAAGUGGAAAGAGAGCGGGAUAAGGAACGGUUAGAAGCGAAACGCAAACAAGAGCAAUUCAAAAAAUCGUCGGAAGAAGACCAAGACGAAAACAAGAAGAAAAUCACAGAGUUGCAGUGCGAUCUGUUAGAACUACGCGACGCACAUGCUAAGUUGCGAACUACGAAUGAGAAACUGCGAAGGGAGAAGGAGCGAUACGAGAAGGAAAGAGAAGAGCACAAAUUGAUCAUGCAAGGAAAGAAAAAGAUUAGUCAGGAAGACGACAGAAAAAUAAACGUUCUGUUGGAACAGAUAGAUUAUUUGAAGCAACUAGCACCGGAGUUAUUCUUCUCGAGGGAGAAAGAGGCAUCUUAUACACCCACUCCACCACGUAGAAUCCGAAGCAAGUCGAGGGAAAGUUCACCCGCGUUAGACCGAAGAGAAUCUUCCUUAUCUCCUGAAGACAAACAACAAGAAGUGCAAUCGCUCAUGUUAAAGUUAGCAACUACAGCUGAAGAUCUUCGUCGCCUUCAGAGAGCAUCCGAAGACGAGUAUGAGCGCGAGAGGAUAAAAAGGAGCAUGGGUAUGAGAAGAGCCACCUCCACGGAGCACGAUAGUGGAGCUGAAUCCAGAUAUAGCAAAGCUUACGUUAAAAGAAGGAGUACUGACGGAAAUUUGCAUCGGCGAAGUCUAUCCCUUGAACACAACAUUGCUCAAAACGAACCCAAAAUAUGGAAGAAUGACAACGACAGUAUGUCAAGUCUUCAGUCUCUAGACAUGUCGUCGGACGUUGAAAGGUGGUCUACGAGAGACACGAGUUUGGACAGUCGUCUUUCUGGUGGUUCCACGCAGAGCGAGUUCGCAGGCGAAAAGAAGAAGAAGAAAGGUCUCAUGGGUAAACUGAAGAAACUCACAAAAUCGAGAAGCAUAGAUGACCAAGAUCCCGGAACGUUCUCACCGAAUCGAUCUCUGUCAUCUAAGCAAAACUCAAGUUCCGAACUGAUAGAAGAAAAGGGUAGUAAGAAAGAUCUGCGGGAACGGAUAACUGGUAUUUUUAAGAAGAGCGGUUCCUCGUCGAGGAGCAACAGUGUGGAAAGACACCACGAAGUAAGACACGACACGAGUUCCACACACAGGCCCUUGAUGAGGAACGGCAGUAACGGGAAUCUAUCGUCUAGAGCAUCUCCAGCAUUUCAGGAACCAGAAAAGACAACGACAGCAAAAACUAGAAGAAACAUGUGAACAUUUUCCAUUUUUUAUCCCCUAAAUUCGUGUUUUUGUUGUUUGCAAAUUAGUAUUUCAUGUUAAUAGAACUGUAAAAUAUAUGUUUGUAAAGUGGUUCUUUAAGUAAAAUCGGUAUACAGAA